AUGGAAUCCCCGCAGAUGUACGACGCGGCCGCAGCGCCACCACCACCACCUCAACCAGACCUGAAGAAAGCAGUAGAAGAUAAGAGACAACCCUUCCCGCCACCGGACCUAGACGAGCUCAAUGGCCAGGAAAUCAGCCUUGACUUACAGCACCUCAUUGAGGACCAGUUCCGAAGUGAGGAGAGCAUGGCCUUAUUCCAGGAAAUACUUCCUGGUGGCAAAUCUCCUCAACCAAGGUACAAUCGGACGACAUUGGCGUACAUGCCACAGCCCGUACACUCGGGGGCGUCUUACGCACCCGUGCAGACAAGCCAGGGGCACGAGCAGGCACCUCCCAUAAAGGAGGAACCGCCCGAGCCUCAUGACUAUCGUAGAUCAGUGACAUGCGCUCAAUACACUGGGCAAUAUAAUCCUCAGCCAACUGUCGGAGUCAGUGGACCUUAUGGAGGAGGAUUUACACCACUACCUCCUCUAGGUGCACCUUUGCUCCCGCCUCUAUUGAAACACAAGCCCGCUCCUGCUAGACGUUCGUCAGGGAAAGUACUUGAUAAAGGAACGGAUGAGUAUAGAAGGCGUCGUGAACGAAAUAAUAUUGCAGUGAGAAAGUCUCGUGAAAAAGCUAAAGUACGUUCUCGGGAAGUAGAGGAAAAAGUGAAGACACUCCUCCGGGAGAAAGAAGUGUUACUAAAGAGGCUGGAAGCGGUGUCAGGGGAACUGAGCCUGCACAAACAGAUGUACGUGCAUCUGAUUAACUUGAACCACCCGGAGAUCACGGAGCUGUGCCGCUCCAUGCUGCAGCUGGGAGCGCCGCAGGCGCCGGAUCAUUCACUCUGA